UCCAGUGGUGCGCGCAUGUGGGUCAAGAAAGAUGACGCAGAUGAUGACUUUGAGACCAAGAUCGAGCUCUCGGGCCCUGAAGAAGCGCGGCGGAAGGCCCGCGAGCUUAUCGACGUGAUCGUCCAUCCUCCGGAAGCCUCAGCAUGCUCCAGCAAAUGCGAAGAACCUCCGCCUUUGCUUAACUGUGCCAAGUUGCUUGCCAAGAGUGACGAAGAGAGGAAGAAGCGCUGGGACUCUAUGGCACCGAUAAUCAAACAUUUUUCCGAUGAAGAUCCUCAAGUUGCGUCCAUGUCGGUACAGGAGGCGGCGGCCUUCGGGGCAGCCAACAACAAUAUAGUUGUCAAGUACUUGGGCCCAGAGCAACAGCCGCCACCAGACGUAGGAACUAACCCCCUGAUAACGUUCAAGCAGGCGUUUUCAAACUAUCCAGAAAUCUUCGACGAGAUCUACAAAAACAAGUUCACGAAGCCGUCUCCAAUACAGAGCCAGGCCUGGCCAAUCCUGCUUCAAGGUCAAGACCUCAUCGGAAUCUCACACACAGAUCCUGUAUAUGUGGCUACCUACAACAUCGGCAUGUUUAAAGCACGUCGACAUUUCCGAGUUGCGGCAACUCGGGCCAUUGGAGAAUUCCCACCAAAAAACUGAGCUAAAGGCACUAAGACAGCGCAAGAAACAUGCGAACUGCCGCCUGGAAGUGCGAAUGCCGGUAGGCUACGUUGCACACGUCCAGAGGUGGAGGGAAAAAUGCUCUCUCCGCUACCUGCUCAGCCUAAGCAAAGAUCCAACAUGCAGGGUGUAUCACCAGUUUAUUUGCUCGUUGCCGUCACCCCAGCUGCCACAGCCUCCUCCCUGCCGGAAACCACCACCUCGGCGACUGGCCCAACCUCCUCCCUCGGAACAGGCUGGCUGCCGAUGUGAAUCAUGGCUGGCAGCAGCAAUGCCAGAGUCUUCCCUGUACCUAUUCCGAUGAGGUCUUGACCUUGAAGCAGGAUUGGCCAGGCCUGGCUCUGUAUUGGAGACGGCUUCGUGAACUUGUUUUUGUAGAUCUCGUCGAAGAUUUCUGGAUAGUUUGAAAACGCCUGCUUGAAC